GCCUGUACACCUUUUAUCUCCUGUACACUCUCUAUCUUCGAGACCCACUCUAUAUUAGGGCUGAGCCUGUACACCUUUUAUCGCCUGUACACCUUUUAUCUCCUGUACACCUUCUAUCCCCUGUCUCGGUCUGUCUCGUGUACACCUUCUUUCCCCUGUCUCGGUCUGUCUCCUGUACACCUUCUAUCUCCUGUCUCGGUCUGUCUCCUGUACACCUUCUAUCUCCUGUCUCAGUCUGUCUCCUGUACACCUUCUAUCUCCUGUCUCGGUCUGUCUCCUGUACACCUUCUAUCCCCUGUCUCGGUCUGUCUCUUGUACCUUCUAUCCCCUGUCUCGGUCUAUCCCCUGUCUCGGUCUGUCCCCUGUCUCGGUCUGUCUCCUGUACACCUUCUAUCCCCUGUCUCGGUCUGUCUCCUGUACACCUUCUAUCCCCUGUCUCGGUCUGUCCCCUGUUUCGGUCUGUCUCCUGUACACCUUCUAUCCCCUGUCUCGGUCUGUCUCCUGUACACCUUCUAUCCCCUGUCUCGGUCUGUCUCCUGUACACCUUCUAUCCCCUGUCUCGGUCUGUCUCCUGUACACCUUCCAUCUCCUGUCUCGGUCUGUCUCCUGUACACCUUCUAUCCCCUGUCUCGGUCUGUCUCCUGUACACCUUCUAUCUCCUGUCUCGGUCUGUCUCCUGUACACCUUCUAUCUCCUGUCUCGGUCUGUCUCCUGUACACCUUCUAUCCCCUGUCUCGGUCUGUCUCGUGUACACCUUCUAUCCCCUGUCUCGGUCUGUCUCCUGUACACCUUCUAUCUCCUGUCUCGGUCUGUCUCCUGUACACCUUCUAUCUCCUGUCUCGGUCUGUCUCCUGUACACCUUCUAUCCCCUGUCUCGGUCUGUCUCGUGUACACCUUCUAUCCCCUGUCUCGGUCUGUCUCCUGUACACCUUCUAUCUCCUGUCUCGGUCUGUCUCCUGUACACCUUCUAUCCCCUGUCUCGGUCUGUCUCCUGUACACCACCUAUCCCCUGUCUCGGUCUGUCUCCUGUACACCUUUUAUCUCCUGUCUCGGUCUGUCUCUUGUACACCUUCUAUCCCCAUGUCUCGGUCUGUCUCCUGUACACCUUCUAUCUCCUGUCUCGGUCUGUCUCCUGUACACCUUCUAUCCCCUAUCUCGGUCUGUCUCCUGUCUCGGUCUGUCUCCUGUACCUUCUAUCCCUUGUCUUGGUCUGUCUCCUGUACACCUUGUAUCUCCUGUCUCGGUCUAUCCCUUGUCUCGGUCUGUCUCCUGUACACCUUCUAUCCCCUGUCUCAGUCUGUCUCCUGUACAACUUCUAUCCCCUGUCUCGGUCUGUCUCCUGUACCUUCUAUCCCCUGUCUCGGUCUGUCUCCUGUACACCUUGUAUCUCCUGUCUCGGUCUAUCCCCUGUCUCGGUCUGUCUCCUGUACCUUCUAUCCCCUGUCUCGAUCUGUCUCGGUCUGUCUCCUGUACACCUUGUAUCUCAUGUCUCGGUCUGUCCCCUGUCUCGGUCUGUCUCCUGUACACCUUCUAUCCCCUGUCUCGGUCUGUCUCCUGUACACCUUCUAUCCCCUGUCUCGGUCUGUCUCCUGUACCUUCUAUCCCCUGUCUCGGUCUGUCUCCUGUACACCUUGUAUCUCCUGUCUCGGUCUAUCCCCUGUCUCGGUCUGUCUCCUGUACCUUCUAUCCCCUGUCUCGAUCUGUCUCGGUCUGUCUCCUGUACACCUUCUAUCCCCUGUCUCGGUCUGUCUCCUGUCUCGGUCUAUCCCCUGUCUCGGUCUGUCUCCUGUCUCGGUCUAUCCCCUGUCUCGGUCUGUCUCCUGUCUCGGUCUAUCCCAUGUCUCGGUCUGUCUCCUGUCUCGGUCUGUCUCGGUCUAUCCCAUGUCUCGGUCUGUCUCCUGUCUCGGUCUAUCCCAUGUCUCGGUCUGUCUCGGUCUAUCCCAUGUCUCGGUCUGUCUCCUAUCUCGGUCUAUCCCCUGUCUCGGUCUGUCUCCUGUCUCGGUCUAUCCCCUGUCUCGGUCUAUCCCCUGUCUUGGUCUGUCUCCUGUCUCGGUCUGUCUCGGUCUAUCCCCUGUCUCGGUCUGUCGCCUGUCUCGGUCUAUCCCCUGUCUCGGUCUGUCUCCUGUCUCGGUCUGUCUCCUGUCUCGGUCUGUCUCCUGUCUCGGUCUAUCCCAUGUCUCGGUCUGUCUCCUGUCUCGGUCUAUCCCAUGUCUCGGUCUGUCUCCUUCUCUUACACUGUGUUAAACCUUGGGAAAGUUUUGUGUCCCUCUCGUGACGGAUUGCCUGGGGCGGCCCUCCUCCCCCUCGCCUCUCUCUUCUCUUCUCUCCUACAAGGUCACAGCCUGAGCUCUCUCAACGUUUCACCCUCUCGGGGGUUUUCUAGGAAGAG